AUGCCGUGCCCGUCUCAGUCUAAUGUGGGUUCUGGUGAUGCUGGUAGUGGGUUCGACUUUCGAGAAGGGGCAGUUCAUGACCAAGCCCUCCUAUUCUUGAGACGCUUGUUUCAGCUCCAGCGUUUCCUUCUGCGUCUCAACCCCGUAGGGUUGCUUUGUGGGUCCAGGGAUCAGGCCCGUUGCCUAGAUGUCCGCAGCAGUGCCUUCAUUGCAAAAAUGGUAGCUGCAAACGUGCAAUCUCUGGAGGCCCUGGAGACCGCAAGGCUUCCCACUUGGACUAUGGAGGCCGCGACUGCGCCUGAUCCCCCUAAACUCAAGUGCAGACGUGGCCGCGCGAGGCAUUACACAGCCAGGGCCACUUCACGCGCUCCUUGGCAAAGUUGA